AAUAAAACACGAGGAAUCAGAAAACGGGAGAAUAAAACAUGAGGAACCAGAAAGAGAGUUAAUUGAAGAAAAAGAGGAGAAAGAAGAAUCAAGUGAAGUUGAGGAGAAAAAUCACGUCAAAACUGGAGGAAAACCUUUCAGUUUCUCUCAAAGCAAACAGAAAGAUUUAAAGAAAAAAAGAGCAAAGAAGUCCUUCCGCUGCACUCACUGUGGAAAGAGAUUCAGACUCAAAACAGGUUUUGAGCGUCACAUGAGAAUUCAUACUGGAGAGAAACCAUUCACUUGUGAUCAGUGUGGGAAGAGUUUCACACAAUCAUCAAACCUUAAUAUACACAUGAACAUCCACACUGCAGAGAAGAAGCACGCAUGUGAUCAAUGCGGUAAAAUGUUUUUAUGGGUUUCACUUCUGAAGAAACACUUGAAAGUUCAUGCAAAGGAGAAACCACAUCCAUGUUAUUUGUGUAGUAAGAAUUUUUUGCCUCUACAAAGUUUGAAAGAACAUCAGAAAAUACACACUGGUGAAAGAGGGUACAUGUGCUUUGAGUGUGAAAAGACUUUUAGUUCAGCAAGCAGUUUAAAACAGCACGAGAGGAUUCACAUUGGAAAGAAACCUUAUAAGUGUUCACACUGUGACAAGAGAUUCAGUGAUUCAUCAAAUCUGAAAACGCAUGAGAGGAUUCACACUGGAGAGAAACCUUAUAAGUGUUCACACUGUGACAAGAGAUUCAAUUAUUCAUCAUAUCUGAAGACGCAUGAGAGGAUUCACACUGGAGAGAAACCUUACAAGUGUUCACACUGUGACAAGAGAUUCAUUAAAUCAUCAGGUCAGAAAUCACAUGAGAGGAUUCACACUGGAGAGAAACCUUACAAGUGUUCACACUGUGACAAGAGAUUCAUUCAUCCAUCACAUCGGAAAACACAUGAGAGGAUUCACACUGGAGAGAAAAUUUUUAAGUGUUCACACUGUGACAAGACAUUCAAUGAUUCAUCAUCUCUGAAAAUGCAUGAGAGGAUUCACACUGGAGAGAAACAUUAUAAGUGUGCACACUGUGACAAGACAUUCAACGAUUCAUCAUCUCUGAAAAUGCAUGAGAGGAUUCACACUGGAGAGAAACUUUAUAAGUGUGCACACUGUGACAAGACAUUCAAUGAUUCAUCAUCUCUGAAAAUGCAUGAGAGGAUUCACACUGGAGAGAAACAUUAUAAGUGUGCACACUGUGACAAGACAUUCAAUGAUUCAUCAUCUCUGAAAACGCAUGAGAGGAUUCACACUGGAGAGAAACUUUAUAAGUGUGCACACUGUGACAAGACAUUCAAUGAUUCAUCAUCUCUGAAAAUGCAUGAGAGGAUUCACACUGGAGAGAAACUUUAUAAGUGUGCACACUGUGACAAGAGAUUCAGUGAUUCAUCAUCUCUGAAAACGCAUGAGAGGAUUCACACUGGAGAGAAACAUUAUAAGUGUGCACACUGUGACAAGACAUUCAAUGAUUCAUCAUCUCUGAUGACGCAUGAGAGGAUUCACAUUGGAGAGAAACAUUAUAAUUGUGCACACUGUGACAAGACAUUCAAUGAUUCAUCAUUUCUGAAAAUGCAUGAGAUGACUCACACUGGAGAGAAACAUUAUAAGUGUGCACACUGUGACAAGACAUUCAAUGAUUCAUCAUCUCUGAAAAUGCACAAGAGGGUUCACACUGGAGAGAAACUUUAUGAGUGUGCACACUGUGACAAGGCAUGCAAUGAUUCAUCAUCUCUGAAAAUGCAUGAGAGGAUCCACACUGGAGAGAAACCUUAUAAGUGUUCACACUGUGACAAGAGAUUCAUUAGAUGAUCAGGUCAGAAAUCACAUGAGAGGAUUCACACUGGAGAGAAACCAUAUAAGUGUUCACACUGUGACAAGAGAUUCCGUGAUUCAUCAACUCUAAAAACACAUGAGAGGAUUCACACUGGAGAGAAACCAAAUAAGUAAAUGGACUGCAUUUAUAUAGUGCUUUCAACAGAUCCCAUGGCCAUCCAAAGACUUUUGGCAAAUGACUCUAAACUUUAAUAGAGAAUAUCUUUGGAUGAGAGACUUUAGUCUUUGCAACUUUACAGAUCUUUUUUAUUCACCAAGAGCUUGUAACACUAAAACAAUACAAGUUCCAUUAUAACCAGUAAAACCAUUAAAACCAUUGGCAUUUCCAGCAGGUUAGUAUAAGCAUGGAAAUGGUCUGCCUGGAUGCCUAAUAAUUAUAAUAAAAACAUAGCUUGUUUUAUCUACUGUUUAAUUAAUAAAUAAAAAAAUAGUCUGAGCACAUCAACUGUCAUGUGUAAAAUGAAAUAGGAUUAACUCCAUUUAUGUAAUUUUUGAUUUUUCAUUUUUUAAGCAUUAAAUAUAAAUGACUUUAUCCUAAAGUUAUUACUUCGAAUUAGGUCUCUUAACUUCUUGUAAAAUUGGAGGGGAUCAAGCUAAAUCCUCUUUAUUCUCUUCAUCACAGAAUCUGAUGUUAGACACUGCAAAAUAAAAAUUUUAAUAUCAAGUUUAAUCCUCAAAAGCAGCUUUUCAGAAACAUCUUCAAAAUAUCUUGUUUUAUAAUUCACAUUACCUUUCAUUCAACUGUUUGAGUUCCACAUGCACACAUAACACAAGGAUGUAGUUUAGACACGUUAAACCUGUUUAAUAUGUUGUAUUUGUUAAUUCUUUCAUUAGGCUACAUCUUAUCAUUAUCAUGUGUUUUCAUUUAUCUUAAUUUCCAUAAUUUACAUGCUGCUGUGUGAUUUUCAAUGAAAUAUCUGACUAAUAAAAUCGAUUGUUUUUCUCCUCUAA